AGUGCCGAACAAAAGGCUGCAGCUCACUCCCUCUCGCUGUGUGUCUGAGCUGCACGCAGAGCUGCGCACUGUAAGAGAAAGGAAAGUGAAAGGGACUCAGUGUGGAGACAGAGUGCAGGAGGGGAGAUGACUCUGCUGCUGCUGCGCUGUUUAACGCUCCUCUUUCUGUGGAGUCUCUGCGCUGCUCGUCCUACAGAAAAUCCCACUUAUAUGCGUGAGUGUGUCUAUGAAGGACAUUGGGUGGUGCUGCUGUCUGACCGGCUUCAGGUUGAUGGUAAAGACGUCUUGGUUUUGGAUAAAGUGAACCAUAAAUGGACAGUGUUUUCGGCAGAUGGUCAUCAGGACCCUGAACUGACCAACCUGGACACACUGCAGAUCCUGGAGGGAUGUGAGGAGCUCAAGAAAGAGCUCAGUCACAUGGAGAAUUCAGCAGGUGUGUCUUGGUCCAGAGUGGUGUCUAUAGUGUUGGCCACGUUAUUCUUCAUCAGUUUGGUUGUUCUGAGCUUUAAGAUGUCCAAAAGAUACGGAGCAGCUGGAGGUGUUUUAGGUUCCAUCAUCCACUAUCCUGCUCACUUCCCUAAGGACCAGAGUGAGAAAAGAUUCUCUCAUCUACCUACAUACCUACUAACAACUAAAGACACAGUUUCCAGAUGAGAUUACUGAGUGUUGUUUUGUGGUUGGACCAUCACAUUGGGAUCAUUUUUCAUUUUUCUUUGGGAAAACAAAUGUUCCUGCCAUCGUUCUUUUCACUUGCUGCAUGGAUCCAAUCAGCCACUGCUUCACUGUGAUGUCCUGCUGUAUCCGGAUGUCAUCUCAGGCCUCAUCACGGCUGGAUCGAAGCUUUAUCACCUGAACUGUUUUAUCUCUGGUGCUUCAGACGCCUGCUGGUGGUUUUAACAUGUUUCAUGCUUGCGUAAUAAAAAACAGCAAGCAAUUAGAGCAAAUACCCGCACAUAGGUAAACUGUAUAUAGCCAUUCUUUCUCAUAUGUUACAAAAAACUAUUAUACAAUGUCUAAUUAUUCACUACAAAAACACUGUAAACACAGGUUGUAUAAAAGGUUGUAUAUAGGUGUAUAAAAAUAAAACGGAAAUGAAUUCAAAACUA